AUGUCCAGCAGCACUUGGACAGCGUCGGAAACGCCACCCGCAGCGGUGCACGUCUCUGGACAGCAGCAGUCCAGCACCACCCCCAUGUCUCGCCCAGCACAUAGUAUGAGCAGCGAGGAAACGUUGAAAGAGCUUCGCGCAGAUCCCUCUUCCGGCUUGUCGUCUGACGAGGCUGAGCAACGGCUCGCCAGCGUCGGCCGCAACGAGCUCGAGCAGAAAAAGGGUGUGCAGCCAAUCAAAAUAUUCAUUGAGCAAAUAUUCAAUGCAAUGACCUUGGUGCUGCUUCUUGCACUCGCCGCCAGUUUCGGCAUCCGGGCCUGGGUAGAAGGCGGUAUCCUCGGUGGCAUUAUCGUCCUCAACAUAUUCAUUGGCUACUUUCAGACACUGCAGGCCGAACGCACCAUUGACUCGUUGCGAACGCUUGGCAGCCCUACCUGCAACGUCUUUCGAGAUGGUGCCACCGUCACCAUUCAGACCGCCGAGGUGGUGCCCGGUGAUAUUGUCCAUCUCAACACGGGCGACUCUGUGCCUGCGGAUAUCCGGCUGUUUGAAGCAGUCAAUCUCGAGGCCGACGAGGCCCUCUUGACCGGCGAAGCAGCCCCCGUGUUGAAGAUGCCCGCUCUCGUGUUCGACGAGGACACGGGACCCGGCGACCGCCUCAAUGUCGUCUUUAGCUCGACUACAGUGACCAAAGGUCGCGGGCGCGGAGUCGUUUUUGCUACCGGAAUGUCUACAGAAAUUGGUCUCAUUGCAAGAGCUCUUCAGAGCGACGGCAAAAAGGCGGCUGUCCAAGACACCACCGGAGCUACAGAUUCCUGGUUCAAGAGAGCCCGGAAAUCUGCCGUUGGAGCCGCCCUCGGCGAAUUCUUUGGUCUGACUGUCGGCACGCCUCUCCAGAAAAAGCUCGCGCAGCUCUUUCUUGGACUCUUGGGCUUUGCCAUUAUCUGCGCCAUUAUUGUUCUUGGGGCAAACAAGUUCAACACCCAGACCGACGUCAUCCUGUAUGCCGUCACCACGGCCAUUGGCACCAUUCCGGUCUCGCUCCUCCUGGUCCUCACCGUGACAAUGGCUGCCGGAACCAAAAAGAUGCUUCAACGCCACGUCAUUGUACGAAACCUACAAAGUCUCGAGGCUCUUGGUGGAGUUACUAAUGUCUGCUCUGACAAGACCGGCACCAUCACCCAGGGCCGCAUGGUUGUCCGCAAGGCCUGGCUUCCAGGCACUGGCACAUACUCGGUCGAGACCACCAACGACGUGUACAAUCCAACUGUGGGCGAUGUGUCCUUUGCCACCACAGAACCCAAAAACAUGGACCAGACGGACAACAUGAAAUCCGAGCCUUUACAGUCCAUCACCCCGACGGAGCAUGUCGGUGCAACGCCUGCUCUCCAAUGGUACCUCAACAUUGCGUCGCUAGCAAACCUUGCCACUCUGGAGCAAGGCGACGACAGCGAGGAAAAGGAUUCUGGAGAGUGGAAGGCUCGCGGAGCCCCUACCGAGAUUGCAAUCGAAGUGUUUGCGUCGCGGUUCGGCUGGAACCGCAUCGUGCUUUCUCAAGGCCCCUCUGCCAAAUGGAACCACGUGGCCGAGUUUCCAUUCGACUCGGACGUCAAGAAGAUGUCAGUCUUGUGUCGCGACACGGAAUCUCAGCAGACUCAUGUCUUUACCAAGGGCGCCGUCGAGCGCGUACUGGAUAUCUGCACCAAGAUUGCAUUUCAGGAAGAGAUUCGUGAUUUGACAGCAGAGAUCAAGGACAACAUUCUGGCCAACAUGGACGCGCUCGCCAGCCAGGGUCUCCGCGUCCUCGCUCUGGCUCACAAGGUCAACGAGACGACGACGACGACCGAAAUCUCCGCCUCCGACUUUGCCGCUGGCGCGACCGCGACUAGCCCCUCGCGCGAUGCCUUUGAGCACGGCCUCGUGUUCCGCGGCCUCGUCGGCAUCUACGACCCGCCGCGGCCCGAAUCCGCCCCCAGCGUGCGCGCCUUUCACGAGGCCGGCAUCGCCGUGCACAUGCUCACGGGCGACCACCCGCAGACGGCGCGCGCCAUUGCCCGGGAUGUAGGCAUAUUGCCAGCAUCCGAAGCCGCGGAGGAGGAGGAGGCCACGGAGUUAUCAUCGCUGAUGACGACGGCGCAGCGCUUCGACGCGCUGUCCGACGCGCAAAUCGACGAGCUGCCGCAGCUGCCGCUCGUCGUGGCCCGCUGCGCGCCCAGCACCAAAGUCCGCAUGAUUGAGGCGCUGCACCGCCGCGGCAGGUACGUCGCCAUGACGGGCGACGGCGUCAACGACAGCCCCAGCCUGAAGCGCGCCGACAUUGGCAUCGCCAUGGGCACCGGCUCCGACGUUGCCAAGGAGUCGUCCGACAUUGUGCUCACAGACGACAACUUUGCCUCGAUUCUCAACGCCAUUGAGGAGGGCCGCCGCAUCUUUGACAAUAUCCAGAAAUUCAUUCUCCAUGUUUUGGCGGCCAACAUUGGCUUUGUCAUUUCGCUGCUCAUUGGCCUCUCCUUCAAGGACCACCAAGGCGUGUCUGUGUUUUUGCUGUCGCCGGUCGAGAUCCUCUGGAUGCUGCUCGGCACGGGCGCAUUCUCGGAGACGGGACUGGGCUUUGAAAAGGCAGUCCCGGAUAUUCUGAAACGUCCUCCUCAUAAUCUCAAAUACGGCGUCUUUACUCCCGAAUUCAUUCUCGACAUGGUGGUCUACGGCAUCCUCAUGGCAGGCUGCGUUCUCGGCUCCUUCACCGUCGUCAUCUUUGGCUUCGACAAUGGCAACCUCGGCGUCGACUGCAACAACCGCUACUCGACCGCCUGCGACGAGGUGUUUCGCGCACGCGCCACCUGCUACGCCACCAUGACUUGGAUCUUUUUGCUCUUUUCCUGGGAGCUCAUUGACUUUCGCCGCUCCAUGUUUUACAUGCCCAAGGGCCUGGGCGCCUGGGCCGGCCACCUCUGGAGCAACAAGUUUUUAUUCUUUUCGGUAACGGUCGUGUUUGCCAUUGUUUUCCCAACCAUUUAUAUUCCGGGCUUGAAUCAUGUCGUGUUUCUGCACACCGGCAUCACGUGGGAGUGGGCAGUCGUCUUCAUCUCGGUUGGUGUGUGGAUGACGGGCACCGAGACUUGGAAGUGGAUGAAGCGUGCCUACUUUCGUCGCACGGCGCCAAGGACCCAGACUGCUCCGGGUAUUAGUGUGGUAUAG